AAGUUUAUAUGUCUGUCAUAUACAAGAGUUUACCACCUGAUAAAAACGGUUUUAAAAGGACGUAUGAACCUUUCACAUAUUCUUUUGUACGUAAUGCCCCUUUAACAAUGUGAGAUUUCUAGAAGCCAUAAAUCUCAAAGACAAACGUUAGAAAAGUAACUUCAUAUUCAUUUAAAAUUGAGAAAUAGACAGAUGUAUAUAAGUGUAUAGAAAUGAAUAAUAGAAAGAAGCAAAGUGUUCAGUGCCGAAAACCCAAUAGUUUAAAUCGAAAACCAAUAACAGCAAAAAAUAUCGCAAUCGUACAGGAACAGUACGAGAGAGAACUAAAAUUACGUGAAAAAUCUAAAAUAGUUUUAAAUGGCACAGUGAAAAUCGACAAGACAUCAAAUGACGGUUUUACAGAUGAAAAUGACCUGGAAUACGAGUUCUUGUAUUCAGUAAGUGACGAAGAAAAUGGCGAUCAUUACAGUUACGAGUUCGAUGCUUACCCAGCCAUAUCAAAACCCACGAGCACCGUGGCGAAUGAAUUUGAUAACUUUGAUGACACGUUUUGUAGCGAAACUAAUGUAGAAAGUAGCUUAAUUAACGAAACUAUCCGAAGUGAGUGUUGUCCCAGAGGAAAAAAGGUAGAACGCGUGAAAUCUGCAACUAAAAUCAUACCUAAAAAUAAAAAGGGUUGUCUAUCUAGAAGACCUAAAUCAGCAUCACUUGCUAAAUCAACGGAACAGGAAAAUGCUGAACUGUGUAGAGAAAAGUUUAAGGAUGAAAUCACAAAAGAAGUUGCUUUUAAAGACACAGAUAGCGUGGUUAGUAAAUCUUCGUCAUCUCGUUCUAGAAUUAGUGCACCUGGCAAAACUCGUCGGUAUGAGAGACGAAAGUCUGUAAGCUAUGACCCUGACCUUGAAAAGGCGUCUGCGUACAUACACGGUGGCGGCAAAAAUUUCAGCCGCAGUAAUACUUCAUUGACUCCCGUUAAAUAUGGCAUGACUCACCUACAGAUGAAUUACACCGAAACUAAUUUAGAAACAAACCAAUGUGUUAUUUUUCUUGACCUACUGAAGAAUUCGCACCAGAAAAGUCAAAUACGCGGGGAGCAAAUACAAAAUAUCGAACGCAGACUUGAAGCAAAAAGAAACAAUCCACUUCACUCUACCUCGUUUUAUGAAAAUAAGAAUAUUCCAGACCCGUUUCACAGGAACGCUAAGAAAACAGCGCGAAGUGUUGCUCAGAAGAAAUUAGAACGGAAGGAAAAGAUUAAACAAAUGACUGACGAGAUUCAUACAGGAUAUGUACCAACACAGCUGACCAUGAAAAUUGCUGAUCGAAGUGAGGUGGAGGACAUUGGUAAUAAAUGUCGGUAUCUUAGAUGUCAAACACCAUCAAAAUAAAAAUUACGGAUAUAUUUUUUUUAAAACAAAGGGAAUUUUUAUGAAUAAAUGAUAAGACUAAACAAUACGCUGUUAUUAGUAUGAUGUCAUCCAUAUAUUAUUCCUAGUAAAGAAAACAAUAACAGUUAGGGGGAAGAGUGCGGUUGUAAUGCUUCAUAAGCAAUGAUAUACAGACUUGACAGUCAGUCAUCGCCAUGAAGAAAACUUAAACAUUUCAUAACAUGUGUGUAUUUAAAAAAAUUCUAGAGAUAUAAAUUCUACUAAAUUUGGAAUAUUAAUGAGUAUUUCAUGUUCAAAACUAAUUACUAGAAACAUGUAGCGAUAUCAUAUCUUUAAUUUUUGUAAACUUUUUUUCGGGUGUUUAAAACCACAGUGUCUCAACAUUUAUUUUUUGUCAUUGCGCAAAAGAAGGAGAACAUGUUCGUUGUUUAUACAAAAUCCGUAUUUAUGGAGCAUUUCACAUAAAAAAAGCCAACAGUUGAACAGUUCAAAGUCUGUUAGCUGUGUAAUUAGAGUUAACAUUGUAUCAGUAUCAUCAAUGACGCAAUGAAAAAUUAAAGUUACGUAAAUUCAUGCAUUUACAUAAUAAAUGUUAAAUAAAUGUUAAAUAAAUGUUAAAGUUAACACCACCGGCUUUCGAUUUAAAAACUGAUAUUAAUUCGCUGUAGAGUAUUAGGACAUUGAUUAUGCGUAUUUAAGAAACAAAUGUCUGUAAAAGUUGAAAUACAAAUGUAUAAAAAUAUUUAGCCAAUUGGCCAUAAAAUCACAGUGGAGAU